AUGCUUCAUGUUCCACAUUUGCGAUCAGUAGAUUUAAGCCAAAACAAGAUUGUAAGCCUGCCUGGACCAAUGCACUGGAAAUCAUUAAACUUAAGGGAGCUGUUAUUUAAUCAUAAUCAAAUAGACAUCUUGGACUUGAGUGAAAAGGCAUGUGCAUGGUCUAGGCUAGAAAAGCUACACCUGUCCCACAACAAGUUAAAGGAGAUUCCUCCUCAGAUUGGCUUCCUAGAGAACUUGACUUCUCUGGAUGUAAGUCAUAAUCCCGAUUUGAGAUUCUUUCCAGAUGAAAUGGGAAGACUAUCCAAAAUCUGGGAUCUUCCUUUGGAAGGACUUCAUCUUAAUUUAGACUUCAAACAUGUGGGAUGCAAAGCCAGAGAUAUUAUCAGAUUUCUUCAACAAAGACUGAAGAAGGCUGUACCUUAUAACAGAAUGAAGCUCAUGAUUGUUGGGAACACUGGCAGUGGGAAAACUACCCUGCUACAACAACUAAUGAAAUGCAAACGAACAGAAUUGGGCUGUCCAAAAGCUACAGUAGGCAUUGAUGUAAAAGACUGGAUCAUUCAAGGAAAAGGCAAAAUGAAGAAAGAGCUUAUAUUAAAUGUGUGGGAUUUUGGAGGACAAGAAGAGUUCUACAGUACCCAUCCUCAUUUUAUGACCCAAAGAGCUUUAUAUCUUGCUGUUUAUGAUCUCAGCAAAGGACAAGCAGAGGUGGAUGCUAUGAAGCCGUGGCUUUUUAACAUCAAGGCUCGAGCUUCAACAUCCCCCGUCAUUCUUGUUGGCACUCAUUUAGAUGUUUCUGGUGAAAUGCAACGUGAGGCCUGCAUGAGUAAAAUUACUAGAGAGCUGUUGAAUAAACGAGGCUUCCCAGCAAUCCAAGAUUAUCACUUUGUGAAUGCUACAGAAGAAUCUGAUUCCAUUAUCAGACUUCGGAAAAUCAUAAUAAAGGAGAGUCUUCACUUCAAGAUCAGAGAUCAACCAGUGGUUGGUCAGCUAAUUCCUGACAGCUACCUGGAGCUGGAGAAGAGAAUUUUGCUGGAACGUGAAAAUGUCCCGGUUGAAUUUCCUGUGAUUGAUCAGAAACGCUUACUGGAACUGGUACGAGAAAGCCAGUUACAACUGGAUGAAAAUGAACUCCCUCACGCAAUUCACUUUCUGAAUGAAUCAGGUGUACUCCUUCAUUUUCAAGACCCAGCACUACAGCUAAGAGAUCUGUAUUUUGUAGAUCCUAAGUGGCUAUGUAAAAUCAUGGCACAGAUUCUGAUGGUGAAAGUGGAAGGCUUUUCUAAAUAUCCUAAGGGAAUUAUAAAGCGUUCAGAUGUGGAAAAAUUCCUUUUAAAGAAGAGCAAGUUUCCUAAGAUUUACAUGUCACAAUACUUUAAGCUUCUGGAAAAGUUUCAGAUUGCUUUGCCGUUAGGAGAGGAUCAACUACUAAUCCCAAGCAGUUUGUCUGAUCACAGACCUGUUAUAGAGCUUCCCCACUGUGAAAAUUCAGAAAUUAUCAUCAGGCUUUAUGAGAUGCCGUACUUUCCUAUGGGAUUUUGGUCCAGGUUGAUCAACAGGUUGCUUGAAAUAUCACCUUACAUGCUGUCAGGAAGAGAGCGAGCACUUCGUCCUAAUAGAAUGUAUUGGAGACAAGGCAUCUACUUGAACUGGUCUCCUGAAGCUUAUUGUCUAGUGGAAUCAGCAGUAUUUGACAACAACCCAGACAGUUUUUUGAAAAUCACAUCACCUUCUUGCAGAAAAGGAUGCAUCCUUUUGGGGCAAGUUGUGGAUCACAUAGAUUCUCUUAUGGAAGAAUGGUUUCCUGGUUUGCUGGAUAUAGAUGUAUGUGGUGAAGGGGAAACACUGUUGAAGAAAUGGGCUCUGUACAGCUUUCAGGAUGGUGAAGAGCACCAAAAAAUACUACUUGAUGACUUACUUAAAAAAGCUGAAGAAGGUGACCUUUUGGUAAAUCCAGAUCAACCGAGACAUACCAUUCCAAUAGCUCAGAUUGCUCCUGAUCUGAUACUGGCUGAUUUGCCAAGAAAUAUUAUGUUGAACAAUGAUGAUCUGGAAUUUGACGAAGCUCCUGAAUUUCUCUUGGGUGAUGGUGGGUUUGGAUCUGUGUACCGUGCAUCUUAUGGUGGCGAAGAAGUUGCCGUAAAGAUUUUCAAUAAACAUACUUCCCUCCGGCUCCUGAGACAAGAGCUUGCAGUGCUUUGUCACCUCCAUCACCCCAGUUUAGUGUCUCUGCUGGCUGCUGCAAUCCGUCCCCGGAUGCUGGUGAUGGAAUUAGCCCUUAAAGGAUCUCUCGAUCGUUUGCUUCAACAAGACAAUGCAAGUUUAACUAGAACACUUCAGCACAGGAUAGCUUUACAUGUAGCUGAUGGCUUAAGGUACCUGCAUUCAGCAAUGAUCAUCUACCGUGAUUUAAAGCCUCACAAUGUGUUACUCUUUACCCUAUAUCCCAAUUCAGCUGUUAUUGCAAAAAUAGCUGACUAUGGCAUUGCCCAGUAUUGUUGCCGAAUGGGAAUAAAAACCUCUGAAGGCACGCCAGGAUUUCGAGCACCGGAGGUUGCCAGAGGAAAUGUUAUUUACAAUCAGCAAGCUGAUGUUUAUUCAUUUGGCUUGCUGCUCUAUGACAUUUUAACAGGAGGAGGUAGAAUAAUGGAAGGCUUAAAGUUUCCAAAUGAAUUUGAUGAAUUAGCAAUACAAGGAAAGUUACCAGAUCCUGUCAAAGAAUAUGGGUGUGCCCCCUGGCCUAAAGUUGAAAAUUUAAUUAAAAAGUGUUUGAAGGAAAACCCUCAGGAACGACCAACAUCUUCCCAGGUUUAUGAGAUCUUGAAUUCUGCAGAGCUGAUCUGUUUGAUGAGGUAUGUUUCAAUACCCAGCACAUCCACAGCAGAGUGCAUGGUAGCUGCCAAUCAAAGCUGCAAGAAGGCGGGAGUCUGGAUAGGCAAUGGGAACACAGAAAAAGCACAGCUCUCAUUUGUUAACCUAAAUACAGAUGGACAUACGUGUGAGGAUAUUGCAGAUAGUAAAAUUUUAAGUUUGGCCUUAGUGACCCUUCCUACUGAGAAAGAAAACUGGAUUGUAGCAGGAACCCAGUCUGGUUCUCUAUGGGCACUUAACACAGAAGAUGAAGCAAGAAGGCAUCGUCUGCAGAAAAUGUCAGAUUCCAUCACUUGUUUAUACUGCAAUUCUCUUUCAAAACAAAGCAAACAGAAGAAUUUCUUCUUGGUAGGCACAGCUGAUGGCAGACUGGCAGUUUUUGAAGACAGAGCAGUAAAGUGUAAGGGUGCCACACCUUUGAAGAUACUAACUAUAGGAAAUGUUAGCACACCACUGAUGUGCUUAAACGAAUCCUCGUAUUUAUCUGAAAAAAAUAUAAUCUGGGGAAGCUGUGGAACAAAGAUCAUUGCCUUAACUAGUGACUUCUCUGUUCAAAAGCUCAUUGAAACAAAGACAAGUCAACUGUUCUGUCAUAAUGCUUACAGUGAUGCAAAUAUUAUUUCAUUAGCAAUAGACAAGUCUAUCUACUUGGCAAAGAAAAACAGCCAUUUUGUGGAAAUCUGGGACAAGAAGACAGAAAAACUUUCAGAACUAAUUGACUGUGCGCAUUUUCUUAAGGACAAAGAGGAAAAAUUAAAUAAGGAAUCAAAACAUAAACUGGCUUAUUCUGGAAGAGUGAAGACAAUUUGCCUGCAGAAAAAUACUGCAUUGUGGAUAGGAACAGGAGGAGGGCAUAUCUUGCUGCUUGAUUUAUCAACACGUCGUCCUGUACGAGUUAUAGACAACUUUUGUGACUCUGUUAGAGUCAUGAUAACAGCUCAGCUAGGGACUCUCAAGAAUGCAGUCCUGGUUUUGGGAUAUUGUUAUAAAGGUGACACCGAAGACAACAAAUAUCACAAAGAAUUACAAUCCUGUGUGUCAGUGUGGGACAUUAACCUGCCCCAUGAAGUACAAAACCUGAAAAAACAUGUAGAAAUGAGACAGGAACUAGCAGAAAAAAUGAAGAGCAUUUCUUUGGACUGAAAAGUCACCCUGCAAGUGCCAUUCCCUUUUCUAGUCUUCCAUCCUAACAUACUGUGCAAU